AGUUACGUUCCAAGUUCUAGCUGAUGUUUUCCUGUUCACCUGCUGGUUCUUCUCUUCACUUUGAACAGUUAAUGAAGUUCGACCACAGGAUAUCACCGUCAAAGAAACAACCUAUUUUGGGUGUAUGACCGGCUACAGCCUCUGGGUAUAUCACUUAGCCAUUCUGGCAUGUUGGAGACUAUGUCAGCCAUAUCAGGCAGCUUUAACACUGAGCUGAUCAAUUCCAUACAAGAGGGCAAGAAAUUUCGAAUAGUUGGAGACAAUAUUAACUUCAAUAUUGGAGUCACGAACGAGAGAAAAAGUACAGGUAAAGCUGGCCAUAUGGAACAUUGGUUUGGAUCUGCUGCCAUUGUUCAAAAUGUUUCAUUCAAUGACUGUUCAGACACAAUACCCCAGUGCAACCUUGAGCAGCUUCCAGCCGAGCAAUUCAUUAUGCAUGAUAAUGACUGGAAAGUGAUAACAAGUGAUAUGUGCAUUCUUGUUUCAAGGGUAUUAACAGACUUUUUUCCAUGGCUAAAUUUUGCCAAAUCAGCUGUAAGUAAUGAAAUUCAAGGGGGAACACCUUUGAAAAUGAAACUGAAAAACACAGUCAUACCCCUUCAAAUACAGCAUAAAAAUGAACAGAAAUAUGCUGAUGUUGUAGAUAUUUUGGACACAUACCAAGAUUUAGGUGAGACCUUAUAUCAAGGUUCUGGACUCCAAGUUCCUCAAAUUCACAUAGGGGGUGACCAGCUCACUAGAGAAAGGUUUUCUGGUGCAAAAAGACUAAGAGCAGCAGCCCUGACUGCAUCCGAGAGGUUUGAAAAUCUAUCUCCAAUAACAUUUGAGCUGUUCCAUGUUCAAAUGACUGUUUUAGCAACAUUCUUUGACAUACUUUACAAAGCGGACUGUACAGAGCCAUUCACACUUUACUCACAGAAAGUAAGACUUUUGCGAAAACAUGCUGAAGGUAAAGACGUCAAAAAUCAUUAUGAUAGCUGUCGAGACCUAGCAGUUUCAUUCAUAAGGGCGUACAUUGUCGAAGCAACAUGUCAGUAUUUUGAUUUGAAGAACACUGACACAGCCCCAGAAAACCUCCCAGACCACAAAAAUAUGACAAACAAUGAAAUAAAGCAUUGGAUGACGACUUUUGUACAACCACUUGUUUAAAACAUAAUAUCUGAAAGCAGGCGGCACAUAUCAAGUGAAGAUGUGGAUGUUAAUGGAACUGACGCUGUAUUGUCAUAUAGUAAAGUUGUAUUGGAACUUGGACUCAUUUUUCUCGAACUAUGUGACAUUGUGAAAUCACCAAGUCGGAUUCGUUUGCUCUGUCACAUGAAGUAUAUCAUGCUGGUGUUGAAAGGCCAUAAGAAUAAGUCAAAAUAUGCUCUUGAGAUUUUAAGACUGUUAUGUCAGCAAUUUGCCCUCUUGAGUGAAAAAACAGCAAAUGAAAGCAUUUAUGGACUGUUUGUUAACACUGGUAGAACUAUCAUUCUUGCAGAUCUUCAAAUGGAACAUAUUGUAAGAUUGACCAAAGGACAUUUACGGUCAAUGGGAUCAAAUGUGACUGAUAAAUCAUUGGUAAAAAGAAGUAGUGCUUUCUUUGGGAUGGAGGAAAUAUCAAACAACUUUGACAAAAAAACUGGGGUUGUACAGCGUGCUCACAAAACACAAAAAACUAUCUUCAUUCGAGGAUGAAAAACAAAUUAUCAGAGACCUGAGACAAAUAAAACCAUUCAUGGAAGUGUGUGGUCGUCAGUCUGAAUCUCUGAAAAAAGUACCAAAAAAUCCUAUUAAGAAAUUGUAUAUGGCUGAUAUAUUGAAAUGGAUUCUGCAUCACAAAAUGCUGCUACAUUAUGAACUUUGAACAAUAAUUGAUACAGUAACUAACUGUAAUUGAGCAACACAUCAUAAUUUUAGUACAGUUAAACAUAAUAUGUAAUUAAAAUAUGAUGAUGUAUUGUGUACUGUACAUGAGCAUUUACAUUUUAUUAUGCAUGACACAAUGAACACUUGGUUAGAAAGUAAUGUUUCAGUAAUUUAAAAAAAAUCUUUUACAAGAACACUUUGUUAAACUUUUAUUUGUGCAUCAAAAUCUGUUCCUGUGCUGAAGAACCUAAUUGAGAUUUUUCACUUAUUUAUUGCUAAAUUAGAAAAAUCCCAUUCAAUACACAGUUGAGAGUCACAAAAAUUGCAGCAGAUUGUUGGUUUUUCCUUGGUUUGGAAGCCAAAAUGAUCAUUGAUGAUAUCCCUGCGACACUUUUCAUUGUUUCUACAGUAAUCUUGCAUAUCCUUUCUCAUACAUUGACCUGAUAUGUCAGAAUUAUUGAAGUAGAGAACUGCUUCUGCCACAGACCCUGUUCGUCCAGCACGACCAAUCUCUUGAAUAUAUGCUGAAAACAAAAGAACAGUUAAGAUGCACAUAUUAAAAGCACUAUAUUAAAGUAUUAUGUAUUCAAUGAACUCUGAUUAUGUUGUUCCAUGUGGUGUUCAGAGUGGUUAUAGAAUCACAAGUGCCACAUGUUUUAUAAUCAAAACAAACACAUUAUCUGAUUUUUUAUAAAAGGCAACAAAUGAAGAUGUUUGUUACAGAGUUGUUGUAAUGUUGCUUUUCUGUUUGGGACAUAGAAAAUAACUAACUAUGCAAGGACUCCAUUAUAUUUUGAUUGUAGUUUUUAACGAAAAUUAAAAUGGCAUAAUUAGUAAGAAAGAUUACAACUUGGCUGUGAGUGUACCAGAAGUAUAAAGAAUAUUUUGUAAAUUUACUUAAAGGGGCACUCGCAGAUAUUUACCUGAUAAUACCGUUUUUAAAUCUUUUUUUGGUCUUAGAAUCAGCCAGUUUUUGCAUUAAUGUCUAGAAACCAUUGUUAUAACACUGCUGACAAAAGAUCCGAUUACAGGUUUUCAUAUGUACUGUUGUUUUUUAUGCCCAAAACUCAUUUUUUAAAGCUGCACACUAAAAGAUAUACCGUUUUUACAUUUAUUUAUUUUUUUGUCUUAGAUAUCUGCAAAACAAUGAUUAAAGAUUGCUUACAAAAUAUCAGAUUGCAGAUUUUUAUAUUUCCGUUCGAAAAUUAAUGUUUUAUGUCCUAAACCGUUCAAUAUGUGAGAGUGCAGCAUUAAAGCGUUAAAUAUAUUUUGAAAGUAAAAUGUGGAAACUGUGAUCUGAUCUUUUGUUAGCUAUCACAUUUCACUUGUUUACAGAUAUUUAUGCAAACAUUGGCUAAUUCAAAGACAAAAAAUUAAAAAGUUGUCGAAACAAUAUAUCUGUGAGAGUGCAGCUUUAACACGAAAAAUAAAGUUAACUAGCUUAAACGUAUUUCUACAUCUACAAUUCAUGGUGAAAACAUGUGGGAAGGUAUAUGUUUUUUAUUUAAAUGUACAUUAAACUUACUUUCUAAA